GAUCUCCCUGGCAACUCCUACACACUGCAGCGCAGCGAAGCGCUCUUCGAAAAAAACACCAAGCUCGCGUUUGUUUUCAUUCAGUUCUUCUUUUAUUUCGUUAUUUAAAUGUCGUACAGUUAGUCAGCUGAAUAGCUGUUCUCUGAUGGAAUGGAUCAGUACAGUAUUCUGGGCAGGAUUGGAGAAGGGGCUCACGGAAUUGUUUUCAAAGCCAAACACAUCGAAACAGGAGAGACUGUGGCUUUGAAAAAGGUUGCCCUGAGAAGACUCGAGGAUGGAAUUCCUAAUCAGGCCCUGAGAGAAAUUAAAGCCCUGCAAGAGAUUGAAGACAACCAAUAUGUGGUAAAGCUGAAGGAUGUUUUCCCUCACGGCACAGGGUUUGUGCUGGUGUUUGAGUACAUGUUGUCCGAUCUGUCAGAAGUCAUUCGGAACUCUCAGCGGCCUCUAACUGCGUCUCAGGUCAAAGGUUACAUGAUGAUGCUGUUGAAAGGAGUGGCUUUUUGCCAUGAGAAUUCCAUCAUGCACAGGGACCUGAAGCCAGCAAACCUUCUAAUCAGCUCAACGGGUCACCUGAAGAUUGCUGAUUUUGGACUGGCCAGGUUGUUUUCCAAUGAAGGAGACCGACUGUACAGUCACCAAGUGGCCACCAGAUGGUACAGAGCACCAGAACUUUUGUAUGGUGCCCGAAAAUAUGAUGAAGGGGUUGAUCUCUGGGCAGUGGGCUGCAUUUUUGGGGAGUUGUUGAAUAACUCUCCUCUUUUCCCUGGAGAGAAUGACAUUGAGCAGCUGUGCUGUGUGCUACGAGUUCUGGGAACUCCAAACCAGAAAGUUUGGCCAGAAAUAACAGAGCUACCGGAUUACAAUAAAAUCACAUUUAAAGAAAACCCACCCAUUCCUCUGGAGGAGAUUGUGCCUGAUACUUCACCUCAGGCUGUGGACCUGCUGAAGAAGUUUCUCGUCUACCCGUCCAAACAAAGAAUCACUGCUAGACAGGCAUUGCUCCACCCGUACUUCUUUACGGAUCCUCUCCCCGCACAUCACUCUGAGCUGCCUAUCCCACAGCACGGGGGAAAGCACUCCAGACAGCGCAUGCAACCCCCCUAUGAAUUCACAGUGGAUCGACCCUUACAUGAGAGCUUGGUGGACCCUGGAUUGAUCCAAAGGCAUGCGUGGGGUUGUCUGUGAAAUUGAUAUGUGCAAAAGUUUUGUUUCAGGCCGAUAAAUGCUCCAGAACUCGGUUCAUGUUUGUUUUAUUCUACAGACUAUGGAAAAAGAAAUCUAAAAUUUAAGUGACACCAUUACAAUAAGGUUCUGUAUGUUACAACAGUUAACGUGUUAGAUAUCGUGAAUGAACAAUCGUUUUUAGACUGCAUUAAUUAACCUUAUUUUUUAGUUCAGAAAGUGUUACUGCAAUCAUAUUGAUUUAUGCUAACUCACAUAUUGUUUAUGUCUUGUUGCUUUACUUUUGAAACAAUUAAUAUUUUAACGUUUACAGAUUGGCCCCAUUCACUUCCUCAUUGGAACACAGAUUUGAGCCUUUUUUAAAGAAAAGGAGGAGAAAGUCAAAAUACAUUUUUGUGGUAACUAAUAUUAUGCCACAAAUGCUGUCAAAUGAGCUUAACUUGUAUUAAAUAUUCCAUUUAAUCCUAGUUUUUGGAAUAAUUGCUUAUUUGACUUGAUCACAUCUCAAGCGGUUGUACUUUUACUAUUUCAGUGGAAGUGCAAAAUGAGAAUAGAAAAAAAGGUUCCUUCCUGUUGUGCAAGCAUUGGGAGCGUUGGAUUCUAUUAGCAUUGAAUUAUGAUAAUGUUGAUUUGGAUAACAUUUCUGAAAAACGGUUUGAUUGGUCAAUGAAGGCAUUCUGCAGUCAAAUAUGUUUGUAUAAAAACUGCUAAACUGUAUAACUGACUAUUGUCUCAAGCAACCAAUUUCCAAUAUAGCUAUGCUAGUAGAAAGAGUCUCUAUGGUCUCUUUCUUCUCACAUAAUAAAAUAAAUUAAACUCAUCAUUUUUGCAUUUAAAUAUUUAUUUGGUAAGCAGCUGUGUAAAAAACCCAACUUAAAAUUCCUUACUUAAUAUCUGCUACCAUGUUCUCAUCUUGGCCAGUCUUUGUCAAUGUUUGUUUAAAGGCAUAGUUCACCCAAAAUAAAAAAAUAAUAAUAAUAAU